AUGGAACAUGGCACUUGCAACUCAUUUAACUUAAAAAAACCAAAUGAGGCAUAUUGGCACUUACAACGGUUUCCACAACAGAAUUCAUUCGAAAUUAUUAAAACAAUACCCGCGCAUACCUGUAAUAAAGAACAAAAUAUGGGUAGAUCUGAUGAAAAUACAUUAAACUAUGAAAUUCAUGUUAAGCAGCUGGAAGAUAAAAGUUAUUUAAACAAACAUAUGAAAAUUCAUACUGGAAAUAAACUUUAUGUGUGUGAAAUUUGUUUGAAGACGUUUUCUGAUGCAUUUAAUUUGAAAAGACAUUUGAGAGUGCACACAGGUGAAAAACCUUUUAAAUGUGAAAUUUGUUAUAAAGGGUUUGGUAUGGCACAUCAUUUGAAACAACAUAUUAGCACAAACACUGGAGAAAAAUGUUAUGAGUGUCAAACUUGUUUUAAGCAGUUUACUACAGCAUAUUAUUUGAAACAACACAUAAAAACCCACACUGGAGAAAAACUUUACAAGCGUGAAAUUUGUUAUAAACACUUUGGUCUAGUACAUCAUUUGAAACAACAUGUAACAACACACUCUGAAGAAAAACCUCACAACUGUGAAAUUUGUCUUAGGCAGUUUACUGUAGCUCGUUAUUUGAAACAACAUAUAAAAACCCACACUGGAGAAAAAAUUUACAAGUGUGAAAUUUGCUUUAAGCGAUAUACUGCAGCCACUAGUUUGAAACAACAUAUGAGAUCGCAUACUGGAGAAAAACCCUACAAGUGUGACAUUUGUUUGAAUCAGUUUUCUCAUGCAGGUGGCUUGAAAUACUAUAUGAGCUCACAUAGUGGAGAAAAACCUUACAAGUGCCAAAUUUGUUAUAAGGAGUUUGUUUUAGCACAUGAUUUGAAAGAACAUAUGAGAACACACACUGGAGAAAAACCUUACAAGUGUGAAAUUUGUUUGAAUCAGUUUUCUCAGGGAGGAUUUCCUCAAGAGAAGGACACUUCUGAAAAUAUCAAAACAAUAGACAUACAUUCAUGUAAUAAAGAGCAACCUGCUAAUCCACUUGCUAAGGAAAAAACAUUUAUAUGUGAAAUUUGUGUUAAGCAGUUUGUUAAAAAAAAGAGCUUAAAUCGACAUAUGAAAAUUCAUGCUGUUGGUAAACCUUAUAAGUGCGAAAUUUGUCUUAAGCAUUUUUCUCGAGCAAUUAAUUUGAAACAACAUUUGAGAAUACACACUGGAGAACAACCUUAUAAGUGUGAAAUUUGUCUUAAGCAGUUUACUCAUAAAAGUUCUUUAACAAAUCAUAUGUAUGUACACACUGGAGAAAUGCCUUAUAAAUGUGAAAUUUGUUUUAAACAAUUCCCCCGGGCAAAUAAUUUGAAAAUACAUUUGAGAGUGCACAGUGGAGAAACACCUUACGAGUGUGAAAUUUGUUUUAAGCCGUUUAGUCUGGCAUGCAGUUUAAAAAAACAUAUGAGGUCGCACACUGGGGAAAAACCUUACAAGUGUGAAAUUUGUUUUAAACAGUUUUCUCUGCAAUGCAGUUUGAAAUACCAUAUAAGAUUGCACACUGGAGAUUCACCUUACGAGUGUGAAAUUUGUUUUAAGCAGUUUACUCGGGGAAGCAAUUUGAAUCACCAUAUAAGAUUGCACACUGGAGAUAAACCUUACGAGUGUGAAAUUUGUUUUAAGCAGUAUAGAGACGCUAGUGCUUUGAAAUCACAUUUGAGAUGGCACACCGGAGAAAAACCCUACAAGUGUGAAAUUUGUCUUAAGUGUUCUACUACAAAAAGUGAUUUGCGAAAACAUUUGAGAACGAGACAAGAACAAACAUAUAGCGAAAAUUUGCAGAGACAGAUUCAACAACACGACGACGCAAAUAACACCAGAGAACUGUUCAAUAAAGUUAAACUACUCACACGUAAAUUGAAGCAGAAAUCUUUGUCUAUCAAAGAUUAUAAAGGCCUUAGACAAGGAAAGAGAGAGGACGCGUCACAAGCGACGGAAAGAGCGUGUACGGAGCCUGGUCUCACGCCCACAAGGCAAGAGGCUUCUUCCCGUUACCGACAAUUGGUCGAAAUUUUGACACCUAUAAAAAUAGAACUGCAGUACCUGGAGGAUCCCAAGCUACUGGGGACUGAGGACAAAUGCUACUGA